CACACACACACACACGCACACACACACACACACACACACACACACACACACACACACACACACACACACACACUGAGCGGGUCCCCAGCACACAGCUCACGUCUGUCCCCGUCUGCAGUGAAGGAACACAACAAGUGAACCGACCAGAAGCGUCUCCCCCUCCGCUCGCUCCGUGCCCGGUAGAGGGUCUCUCUCUGGAGCCAGGAUGACGGUCCUGGAGACCGGUGCAGUCUUUCUCCUGGUUGUGGUCGCCUCGGCUCACGGGAUGCAGGGAGCACCUCGCAUCAUCACCUUACUGGAGACAUUGGAUGUGCUGCUGGAUCACAACGCCACAUUCAUCUGUGAGGUGGAGUCCCGCCCCCGCGCCGACAUCAGUUGGACCAAGAAUAACAACCUCAUCUCGUACUAUGACCCCCGCUACAUUACCAGGGAGCAGGGACAGAUGCUCAGCAUCCCUCGCGUGAGGGAGACGGACAAUGGAGAGUACUGCUGCCUCGCCAGCAACGGCAUCGGAGAGGCAGCCAAGAGCUGCGGGGCUCUGCAGCUCAAGAUGAAGCCACAGAUCAAACGCCAUCCUACCAACCUGACCCUUCUGGUAGAAUCCAAAGCAGUGCUGCCCUGCGUUACCCUCGGCAACCCCAAACCGGAUGUCACCUGGCUCAAAGAUGACGAGCUCAUCAAGAUCAGUGACCGUGUUACUAUUCUUGACUACGGGGCAUUGAAGAUCCACCACAUUCAGAAGGAGGAUGCAGGACAGUAUCGCUGUGUGGCCAGGAAUAGCUUUGGACUGGCCUUUUCAAAGCCUGUCACCAUAGAGGUCCAGGCUCCAGCACGAAUCCUGCGGGUUCCCAAGGAGAAGCGGGUAGCGUACGGCAGCCAGGUUUCCCUGGAGUGCAACGCCACGGGGAAUCCCAUCCCCACCAUCACCUGGCUGGAAAACGGCAACACGAUUUCGGGUGCGUCCGUGGACGAGACUUUGACGGGCGAGGUGAUCCUGUCCGUUCUUAAAGUGGCGGUGAACAAGCCGGCCCUGUACACGUGUCUGGCCUCCAACAGACACAGCAACGGAGCCAACACCGUCAAGGCAACGGCCAGAGUCACCGUCGCAGAGUGGAGACUCUACAAGGGCGUCGCCGGCUACUGCAGUGCGUAUCGCGGUGACGUGUGCCGCGCCGUCCUGCGGGACGACCUGCUGGUGUUCUUUAACUCCUCCGUCCCGGACCCCGAGGACAUGCAGGAGUACCUGGUCCAGAGCUGGUGGACGGAGCUGGAGGGCCUCAGCGCGCUGUGCAGCCCCGCGGCGCUCGCGCUGCUCUGCCACUCCUCCUUCCCCGACUGCAACCCGUCAGGGUUGGGGCCGGCGCCCAAACCCGUCUGCAGAGAGCACUGCCUGGCCGUGAAGGAGCUGUACUGCCACAAGGAGUGGUUGGUGCUGGAGGGCAGCAGCUCGGUCCAGCCCGGCUUCUUCAGCUCGGUCCCCGGAUCCCACGGCCCCAGUUCCCUGCUGCCCAGCUGUCAGGCCCUGCCCAGUCUUCUGGCAGACCCUGACGCUUGCACACACGUCCCUUUUGUAGACAUCAAGAAAGAUCAAAUCACGACGACAUGCUUCAGUGACCGGGGCCGUUUUUACCAAGGCAGCGCCAAUGUGACGAGGUCCGGGGUGCCGUGUCAGUCAUGGAGCCAACAGGUUCCCCACCGGCACCGCCUGUCUGUCGACGUGAUUCCAGAGUUGAAGAACUCCGACAACUCCUGUAGGAACCCGGGGGGAAUCAGCGAUAAGCCCUGGUGUUACACCUUAAAUGCCAACAUCCGCUGGGAGUACUGCGCUGUGCCCCAGUGUGGGGAGACGAGAAUAGAACCAGUGAUGAAGCCAGAGUCGCCAGGCCCUCGUCAGACCACUCGUCUGCCUCCCAUGGCCACAGCAUCGUCUCCGGCCUACUCCAUGUCCGUCAUCGUCAUCAUCCUGACUGCGUUUGCAGCUGCAGUCUUCCUUAUCAUCUGCAUCCUCGCCUGCCACAGACGGAAGAAGCAGUGGAGAAACCGGAAGAGAGAGAUGGAGACCCCGACAAUGAGCGCUCUUCCGUCGGAGCUCCUGCUGGAUCGACUCCACCCCAACCCCAUGUACCAGCGGGUUCCCCUGCUGCUGAACUCAAAGCUGCUGGCCCUCGAGUAUCCCCGGAAUAAUAUCCAAUAUGUCAGGGAUAUCGGAGAAGGGGCCUUUGGACGGGUUUUUCAAGCAAGAGCACCGGGCCUGCUGACGGUGGAGUCUUUCACGAUGGUGGCCGUGAAGAUGCUGAAGGAGGAAGCCUCAGCGGACAUGCAGAACGACUUCCAGCGGGAGGCCGCGCUGAUGGCUCAGUUUGACCACCCGAACAUCGUGCGGCUCCUGGGCGUGUGCGCGGUGGGCAAACCCAUGUGCCUGAUGUUCGAGUACAUGGCCCACGGCGACCUCAACGAGUUCCUGCGUCGCCGGUCGCCCUCCCAGUCGGUGCGCACGCUCAGCCGCGGCAGCCUGUCCGGCCGCAGCUUCUCCUCCGAGCUGGAGGCGGGGCUUCUCUGCUGCGACGAGCAGUUGUCCAUCUCCAAGCAGAUCGCGGCGGGGAUGGCGUACCUGUCGGAGCGCAAGUUCGUGCACCGCGACCUCGCCACCCGCAACUGCCUGGUCGGGGAGGACAUGGUGGUGAAGAUCGCCGACUUCGGCCUCUCCAGGAACAUCUACUCGGCCGAUUACUACAAGGCCAACGAGAACGACGCCAUCCCCAUCCGCUGGAUGCCCCCGGAGUCCAUCUUCUACAACCGCUACACCACCGAGUCGGACGUGUGGGCCUACGGCGUGGUGCUGUGGGAGAUCUUCGCCAACGGGAUGCAGCCGUACUACGGCAUGGGUCACGAGGAGGUCAUUUACUACGUGAGGGACGGUCACAUCCUCGCCUCCCCCGAGAACUGUCCUCUGGAGCUGUACAAUCUGAUGAGGCUUUGCUGGAGCACACACUCAGUAGACAGGCCCAGCUUCAGCAGCAUACAUCGGAUACUGGAGCGCAUGCAUCAAAGCACACUCGCCGUCGGCGCUGACGCGGAGGCGGACUGCUAACCUGGGGACAUCAAUGGUUGUCCGUUGACUUGUGAAGGGAUCUGGUGUCCGGAAGCACGUUUUAAAAGAACCCGGGGACUUGAGCACGAGCAUUCUUCCCAAUACCCAACCAGUCGUUUGAGUCAUUUACCUUUGCCCAGCUUUUUCUUUUCAGGAGACCCAAACUGGCAGCUUUUAUCAAAUGUUUUUGCAUCAUAAACGCCUCUCAUAUCUAAGGCGUUACUUCAAUUCAGGGUACAUUUUUUUUAAAGGAAUAAUCCAUUACUCCUGAGUAUCUACCAGCACGUUUGCGUCUCUUUAGGAACCCCCGAGCCUUAACCUUUGAAGACCCAAAGCCAGUCACCAUGCGAGUAUACGCAUUUCAGAUACAAAUACACUCCAACGUCAGCCUUCGUCAUGCAUGUGGAAUCUCUUUCUUCUUCUUCAUCAUUUUGAGCCGUUAAGCUGCUACUAAUGGUCUGACGACACAUUGGCGUCUGAAGGAGAAUGUGACGUGACAGUUAAAACACAUGUUGUUAUUGUCGCUUCUAGCAAACUUCCAAAGUUGCACACAAUCACUUUAAAAUAUUGCUGUCGCUAUUCCAUUUUUGGGGCAUUACUCAUUUUCUUUUUUCACGUUGUCGAUCUUUGUCUUUUCUUUGUGUGUGUGUGUGUGUGUGUGUGUGUGUGUGUGUACGCUCAUUUUACUUUGUUGGACAUGACGAGUACAUUACAGGAGAAAAAAAAAAAAAAAGGUUCAUUAAUUAUUUCUUCCGACCAGCGUGCGUCAUCAUUGCCCAUAAGUCUCACACAGAACACACACACACAUUUUAUAAUUUGGCAGAAAUUAAUUGACUAAAUUCCUUCCCGUGCAUUAAAAUAGAUCCUCGCUCUGAAAGAGUAAAUCUUUAAUCGGCACUCGCAAAGACAGACAUUCUCUCCUAUGGAUGAAAACUUUGCUCAUAACAGGGUUAAAUCCAAUCAGUCACAUUAUUACACAAUUUCAUGAUUUGUGUCUUCUUUGACAGACGUCUGUUUUUAAUGUUUAUCUUGUCAACCGGUAAAAUGCCUUAUAGAUGAAUGACACAUUUGAUCUCACUGUGGUGUGAUGUUACUUUCUUUUUUUGUGCGUGUGUGUGUGUGUGUGUGUUACUUGACAUAAUGAGGCAGGUUUGUAACGUAUGACAUUUAUUUGUAUUGCUUGCAAAUAAACAUAAUAACCACA